CAACAAUGUAAACAAUGUAAACAUGGAACUGGAAGCCGGCGGAUGCUGCGAGAAAUCCACAAACUAAUCUCUUUCGGUCUCGCCGGUUUUGCCAGUUUUACUCGAUUGGGAGCAAUGUCUACUCGAACACACGCCAAAUCGGUGCUCAUUGAUCUCAGCGGAACUCUUCACGUAGAAGACUUGGUUAUUCCAGGUGCGAUAGAGGCGCUACAAAGGUUGCGGGAUGCCGGUCUCAAGAUUCGAUUCGUAACAAAUACGACCAAGGAGUCGCGGAAAUGUUUGCACAAACGCUUAGCCUGUCUAGGAUUUAAGAUAGAUGAAAACGAGAUGUUUUCGUCACUUACGGCAGCCAGAUCUUACGUUGAAACGCGAAAGCUGCGACCGUACCUCAUGGUGGCAGAGGCUUCUAUGGAAGAGUUCGCAGGUCUUGACACAAGCGACCCGAAUGCGGUUGUUAUUGGACUGGCUCCAGACAAAUUUGAUUUCGGUCCAAUGAAUGAGGCUUUCAGGUUGGUGUCCAAAGGAGCAUCUCUCAUAGCCAUCCACAAGGGGCGCUACUACCGCACCCAUUCCGGGCUCUCACUGGGGCCUGGGCCUUUCGUGGCAGCUUUAGAAUAUGCCACAGACGUGAAGGCGAAGGUUGUUGGCAAGCCUGAGAAGGGUUUCUUUCAGAGUGUCCUCAAGCUACUGGACACCAGGCCAGAGGAUGCUGUCAUGAUCGGAGAUGAUGUUCGUGAUGACAUUGAUGGUGCACAAAAGGUUGGCAUCCGGGGGAUCUUAGUGGAAACAGGUAAAUACCUGGCUGAAGACGAACAUAAGAUUAGUCCAAAGCCGUGGGCAGUGGCUCCUUCUUUCGUCGAGGCUGUCAAUGUGAUACUGGGAGAAGCGGAACAAUAUAUAGGAAGAGCGACGUAGUAAAAAGCGGAUUUCGACUGAGCUUUUUCCAUGAAGGAAUGAACGAUGCUCAAGACCUGAGGCCAUAACAAACGGUCUGCCGAAGUCAUAUAUAUGUGUGCUUGAAGUUCUGCGGCCUUUCUAUUGGUGCCCAAGAACUGAGACUAAUUCUGUAAAAUAACAUUAAAUAUUGGUAAAA